UCCUUUUAAGUCAACAUAUUUUCAAAAAAUUGUAAAAAAUCGACGUGUUUAUUAUAUUCAAAUGAAUCUUCCGCUAGAAGUGGUAAGAUACAUCCAAUGGAAUUAAAAAGUUGCGUAAUCAAUGACGACAUUAACAGAUUAAACCAACGGUCAGGAUUAAGAGCUGCCAGCAUUAAGCUUUAGGCAAAGUCCUCAUCUUCGGGCUUCCAUUACAUAGCCGUGGGGUCAACCUUCCAAUUUUUUCCGGGACAUCGGAAAACCGUUACCGAUGACAACAGCCACUAGCCCAGAAAUCACUGCUCCUCUCAUUCAAAAGUCUCCUUCCGGCCAAAACCAACCCCAUGCAUCCGGUUCUGUUCCGUCAUCGCCGGACGAUCCCGAGAACUGUCCCAUCGAGCAGGUGGCUCUCACGGUCCCUACCGCAGACGACCCCUCCCUCCCAACUCUUACGUUUCGCACGUGGAUUUUAGGCACUCUAGCUUGCCUCCUCCUUUCGUUUCUCAACCAGUUCUUCUGGUACCGUCGAGAACCUCUCUCCAUCUCCUCCAUCUCCGCCCAGAUCGCGGUGGUUCCUCUUGGCCACCUCUUGGCAGCAACGGUCACCGAUCGAGUAUUCUUCAAAGACCGGAAAUUUGAGUUUACACUCAACCCCGGGCCGUUUAACGUAAAGGAGCACGUCCUUGUUACCAUCUUCGGCAAUUCCGGAGCAGGAAAUGUCUACGCAAUCCAUUUAGUCACCGCUGUUAAGAUCUUUUACAAGAAAAGGAUGUCGUUUUUAGUGGCAUUGCUCGUCGUUUUUACUACCCAGGUACUCGGUUUCGGCUGGGCUGGCAUCUUUCGACGCUACUUGGUGGAGCCAGCUGCCAUGUGGUGGCCCCAAAAUCUGGUCCAAGUUUCCCUCUUUAGGGCAUUACAUGAGAAAGAGGAGAGAGCUAAGGGCAGAUUGACAAGAAACCAGUUUUUCCUCAUAGCUUUCACUUGCAGCUUUGCCUACUAUGUAAUUCCAGGCUACCUUGUCCCAACUUUAUCUUCCCUGUCCUGGAUUUGCUGGGUAUUCCCAACUUCUAUCCUAGCACAUCAGCUAGGUUCAGGACUUCAUGGCUUGGGUAUUGGUGCCAUUGGAUUUGAUUGGUCCAGCAUAUCCGCCUACCUUGGGAGUCCUCUUGCUAGCCCUUGGUUCGCAACUGUUAACAUUGCUGUUGGUUUUGCUCUUAUCACCUAUAUCAUCACUCCCAUUGCUUAUUGGCUCAAUCUCUUCAAUGCCAAGCAUUUCCCCAUAUUCUCAGACGGCUUGUUUACUUCUACUGGGCAGAGUUACAAUAUUUCAGCUAUUAUAGACCCAAACUUCCACAUUGACAUUGCGGCAUAUGAGCGUAGGGGUAGUCUGUAUCUCAGCUCCUUCUUUGCCAUGUCCUACGGUGUUGGCUUUGCUUGCUUGACAGCCACUGUUGUCCAUGUAAUCCUUUUUCAUGGGAGCGAAAUUUUGCAACGAAGCAAAUCUGCCUUCCAAGAGACAAAGAUGGAUGUGCAUACGAAGCUGAUGAGAAAAUACAAGCAAGUACCUGAAUGGUGGUUUACGUGUAUCCUUAUAGUAAACAUUGCAGCAACCAUAUUUAUAUGCCAGUAUUACAAUGAUCAACUCCAGUUGCCAUGGUGGGGUGUUUUGUUAGCUUGUGGUCUAGCCAUUUUUUUCACUCUCCCUGUCGGAGUUAUUACUGCCACAACAAAUCAGACACCAGCUUUGAACGUGAUUACAGAAUAUAUCAUCGGCUACAUAUACCCAGGGUACCCUGUUGCUAACAUGUGCUUUAAAGUGUAUGGAUACAUAAGUAUGAAACAAGGGAUUACCUUUUUGCAAGACUUCAAACUCGGUCACUACAUGAAGAUUCCUCCUAGAUCCAUGUUCAUAGCUCAGGUUGGUGGUACAAUAAUAGCUGCAUUAGCGCAUUUGACAACAGCGUGGUGGCUUAUGGUUACAGUUCCAGACAUAUGCGACAGAGAAAUGCUUCCAACGGACAGCCCCUGGACUUGUCCUGGUGAUCAUGUGUUUUACGAUGCCUCUGUUAUCUGGGGUCUGAUUGGACCUCGAAGAAUCUUUGGUGAUCUUGGCUACUACUCUGCCAUAAACUGGUUUUUCUUAGUUGGGGCCAUAGCUCCUGUCCUUGUUUGGCUUGCAUCUAAGGCCUUCCCAAACAAGCCAUGGAUAAAACUUAUUAACAUGCCUGUGCUGUUUGGUGCAACAGUCAACAUGCCACCAGCUACUGCUGUCAACUACACCAGUUGGGUUCUUAUUGCCUUUGCCUCUGGUUUUGUUGCUUAUAGAUAUUAUCGUGGCUGGUGGAGCCGCCAUAAUUAUGUGCUCUCUGGGGCACUUGAUGCCGGAUUGGCUUUUAUGGGGGUAUUGCUAUACUUAUGCCUAGGGAUGCAGCAUGUUAGUCUUAACUGGUGGGGAAGUGAUUCAGAUGGAUGUCCCUUGGCUUCUUGCCCAACCGCCCAAGGGGUCAUAGUUAAAGGCUGCCCUGUUUUCUGAGUGAAGCAACCGUUAUCCCAACCUCUUCCACUUAAAUUGUAUCAUUUGAAUGAUUCAUUGUCCAUUGCACAUCUGUAAAUAGCCUGUAAUUAGAAAGCAAAAAGUUUGGAUUUACUUC